AUGUAUUUCCGGAUUCUGCACUCUUCUACUGUGUGGUUGGCACUUGUAUGCACUCACUCAAUAUACCAAGCUGCUUCUAUCACUCAACAUAAAAUCACAAGUGCUCGUUUGGACGCCAGUAGUGCGGUCGCCUCCGAACUCCUUUUUAAAGACCCCAUGCAGGAUGGGCUGGCGGUGGAUGGCAUUACCCUGGAUCAGCACGAUAACAGUGCUUUCCUGCAAAUGAACGAGGAAGAGUUUGGGAGGAUUGAUAGGAGGAUGAAGCCAUGUUUCCAGUCAGAGAACGGAAAAGCCUGCGGCGGAAGAGUAUCAGAAGCAGACUACCCAGGGGGGUUGCACUGCCCUGCUGGAUUUUGUUGUAGUAGAACGGCGAUGCAGAAUUGGUCUUCUGGCAACUGGUGCUCUAGCAGCUGGGCCUUCUGCUCGAGUUCUUUGAUUUACAACCCGAAGUAUUCUUAUGGUACUUGCACAUGCCAGAACUACGAGAUCAGGUGCCCGACGAACUCAGCAUGUGUUGAUACAUCCUAUGGGCCUUACUGCAAAUGUUUGGAUGGCAAGGAAGAAGUUGAGGGUGCUUGUCGUAACCUCACAACUACUACAAUUACCAGUAGUUCAGAGAAAGCUGAAUGCCGAGCUGACGAUUGCAGGCCUGGAUUCUGUGACGCUGAGCGGGGUAAAGUCGUCUGUACCUGCUUGGGAGGAUAUAUUUCAAGAAAGAUUUCUGAAAUCAGAGAGCAAUGUGUCUUUGUGUAUUAG